AUGGCGUGUACACGCACACAGGCAUGUUUAGAUGCCUCCUCCAGUCCUCAAACAUGCGACAUUGAAAAGCAAAGGGAGAUAUCUUCUCCAGAUGAGCCACCGAAGAAACAGUCGAUGUUUUCAAGUCUCGGUAUCCUCGACCGGUUCUUGGCAGUAUGGAUUUUUCUUGCUAUGGCAAUUGGAAUCAUUCUGGGCAACUUUGUCCCCAGCACAGGCCCUGCCCUAGAAAAGGGAAAAUUCGUGGGAGUUUCUGUUCCCAUUGCUAUUGGUCUACUGGUCAUGAUGUACCCUAUUUUGUGUAAGAUUCGGUUCGAAUCCUUGCAUCAUGUUUUCCGAGCGAAAGAAAUUUGGGUCCAGAUGGCCUUUAGCGUUCUUCUGAAUUGGAUUAUUGCCCCUUUUCUUAUGCUGGCCUUGGCAUGGGCGUUUUUGCCCGACGAGCCAGAAUUGCGACAGGGACUGAUCGUUGUUGGGUUGGCGCGAUGCAUUGCUAUGGUGCUGGUUUGGACAGGGCUAGCUGGAGGCGAUAACGAGUAUUGUGCCAUCCUCGUUGCUCUCAACUCAGUCCUACAGAUGGUUCUUUUCGCCCCAAUGGGGGUAUUCUUUAUCAGUGUCAUCAGCGGCGAUCCAGUCACAUUCGAAUAUUCAACAGCCGCUAAAAGCGUUGCGGUGUUUCUCGGAAUCCCUCUAGGUGCCGCAAUUGUCACCCGUUUCGUGCUCCGACGAAUUUCUGCGAAAUGGUACGAUGAGACCUUUUUGAAAUGGCUUAGCCCAUGGUCCCUUAUCGGUCUGUUGUUUACCAUCCUUGUGUUAUUCGCCUCGCAAGGCCGCCAUGUGAUCCAGCAGAUUGUCUCCGUGGUCCGAGUUGCAGCACCGCUCAUCGUUUAUUUCCUGAUUAUCUUCUUUGCGACACUCCUUGUCGCAUACAAACUGGGAUUCGGAUAUAAGCUAGCCACUGUGCAGAGCUUUACGGCCGCUAGCAACAACUUCGAACUGGCCAUUGCUGUUGCGGUGGCGAUGUUUGGCGCGGAUAGCAACCAGGCUCUUGCUGCGACUGUUGGACCUCUCAUAGAGGUUCCUGUGCUGUUGGGUUUGGUAUAUGCUGUCAAAUUGAUAGCGAGACGAUUUGCAUGGAAUGAUUAA